GGAAAAUCUAAAAAAUGAAAUUUGUUUCAUCUUUAUAGAUUUUUUGCCACCCGAUCAGCAACCAUCGACAAACCCGGUAGCUAUGUCGUCUUCGGCAAUUUCUAAGCUCUGUUACCACUCUUCCUUAAGUCUCCGUCCUCAGCUCCAUCCACAAUUCUUUCCGCCUCCUUCUCCUCGCUACAAGGUUUUAGCAUGUAUGAGUAAUGAUGGGCGUGGGGCGGAUUCAUCCAGUGUAGAUGAUAGGGCUACUCUGAGCUAUAAUAGAUCAGAAAACUCUCUUUCAGCUAAAGAAAAAGCUGUAACUGGAAAUACUUUGAGUGAGCGACUACAAGAAACAAAUGAGCUGAUAGGGGAAAAUCACUCCUCUCAACCUAAAAGGGCUGCAAAAAUUCAUGAUUUCUGUUUCGGAAUCCCCUUUGGUGGUUUUGUUCUAUGUGGGGGACUACUUGGUUUUGUUUUCUCUAGAAAUAUUGUUAAUCUAGGUCAUGGUGUUCUAUAUGGAGGUGCUUUGCUUGCUCUGAGCAGUAUUAGCUUGAAGGUGUGGAGGCAAGGAAAAUCAAGCCUGCCAUUUAUACUAGGCCAAGCAGUACUUGCUGGUUCUCUUUUACAGAAGAAUAUGCUGUCUUACUCAUUGACUAAGAAAAUAUUCCCAACUGGCCUUUAUGCUAUCUUAAGUGCUGCAAUGUUGUGCUUUUAUGUAUACGUGGUUAUUUCUGGUGGCAAUCCACCACCCAAGAAAUCGAAGACAAAUGCUGCUGUUGCCACAUCUUAAGGUCUGUUUUCACAGAUUCAAUAUUGAGAAAAUGUCGAGGUUGUCCAAGAUUGGGUGACCAUAGACCAAAAUAUGAGAAUUACAGUACGGAGUUUUCUCUUUUUUCUUUGCACGCAAUACAUACAGAUACAUGAUAACAUGAACACAGGAAACCGAUGACUAUUUUUUUAAUCUUCGUGGUCGGACUACCUUGUGCUUCCUUGGUCUCGUUAGACUCUUUACCAUGUAAUAUGUAUGGAAUAAUCACAUUAAUUAUUUGAAGUUUUUCUCUUUGGCUAGUCAGUAUCCAAUGUGGCAUUGGCUAUGAAUGUAUACACUGCUCAACUUAAGGACAGUAUGGGUGAUUGGCUGGUUUUUGGAAAGUGGUUUUUAAAAAGUUAUUAAAUUUGUUAUUGUGAUCACC